UUAUUAUUAUCAUCAUUAUUUUUAACAGAUAAGAAAAAAAAUCUCUCCUACCAUUUUCUUCCUCUUUACUUCGUCUCUUUUCAAGUUCUCUAGGUCUCUUACCUUUGGCUAAACUCUUAAACUCAAACGUGGUUUUGGUUAAUCUUUUCAAGCUUCAAUUUUUAUGCUAAUGCUUCUCUUUAAUAUUAUAGUUUUCUGAUCUGGGUCUUCAUUAGCUUUCUUUCAGAUUGUAGUUCUCAAUACUGGUUGGCCUAUCUUGCUUCUUAACUGUUUGAACUUUUAAAAACAAGCCCGUUUGGUUUUCUUGAUUCAUUAAUGGUUUCUUGAUUGGUUUAAUCAGAUUUAUGGGAAAUGGGUCUUGAGAAGAGGAUGCAGCAAGUGGAUGCAUAUUGUAAGAACUGUUCUGUAGUUGGCUGAAAUUUUCUUCAAGGGAUCUUCUUUAGUAUGGGUAGAGGUAGAGGAAAAGGGAAGAAACAUGCUGUUAUCGCUGUCCGUGAAGAUCCCGGAAGUGGUGAUGAUGAAAAAAUUCCAGCAUACAGGAGAAGAGGAAGACCGCAGAAACCAUUGCAGGAUGAUAUUGAACGAGAAGAAGCAAAUGAGAAGAUGGAAGAAGAUCCUGAAGAUUUAAAGAAUCAUAUUUCUAGCAAAAGUAUGAAAUAUCAACCUAUUAUAGAGAAUGGAAGAAAAAGGAAGAGAUCUGCACAGGUAAAAGAAACUAUAGAUUCUGUCAAAGAUGAAAAAGGUGUUGAAACAAAACCUAGUGCUGAUGAUUCAACAAAGUCUGUUGGAUUCCGACAAAAUGGUAGUAGGCGAAAGAACAAGCCUCGCCGGGCUGCUGAAGCUGGAGUUGAGUGCAAAUGAGUAUGGAUUAGCUGUUGCAAUUGUUGCUUACCUUCAUUUUUGCUGGAUGGUUCAUAAAGCAUGAAGCAAGGCUUUGUCACUUAUUGAUUUGUGCAUUGCCUUGUUAUAAUUUCUGGGGUUACACUUCUUACAAAUGAAGGAUUUUGAUUGGUAUUUUUUUAAAAUAUUCUCUAGUUUUCUGCUAUUCACUUUUUGUGUAAGUGACCAGAGAUUUGUUUCCCCUUCCAGACAAUACUUGUUAUACUACAUUCGUUUAACUGUUCCUGAUUUGAAAAGCUUCUUCUUUCUCUUA